GCUCCCAGCAGGCACCUGGGGAGCCGCCGGUGCAGCUGCAGCCAUGGCACCCGGCAGCUUCAGCCUCCUCCUCCUCCUCCUCCUCCUGCUGGACGUGCUGACCUUGCCGGGGCACGGACACGGCCUCCGGCGGCAGAAGAGGGACUGGGUCAUCCCCCCCAUCAACUGCCCCGAGAACGAGCGGGGGCCCUUCCCCAAGAAGCUGGCGCAGAUCAAAUCCAACAAGGACAAGGAGACCAAGGUUUUCUACAGCAUCACGGGGCAGGGGGCGGACACCAUCCCCGUGGGUGUGUUCAUCAUCGAGCGGGAGACGGGGUGGCUGGAGGUGACAAAACCCCUGGACCGCGAGGAGAAGGACAAAUACCAGCUCUUCUCCCACGCCGUGUCGGCCAAUGGGCAGCCCGUGGAAGACCCCAUGGAGAUCAUCAUCACCGUCACCGACCAGAACGACAACCGGCCCGUCUUCACCCAGGCAGUUUUCCACGGUUCUGUGCAGGAGGGAGCCAAGCCAGGCACGUCGGUGCUGAGGGUGCUGGCCACCGACGCAGACGACGCCGUGAGCUCCAGCAAUGGCGUUGUGAGCUAUUCCAUCCUGAGCCAGGUGCCGGACAAGCCCCAGCCCGGGAUGUUCACCAUCAACAGCCGCUCUGGGCUGCUCUCUGUGGCCGUGCCGGGGCUGGCGGCAGAGCUGGUCCCUGAAUACACCCUGGAGAUCCAGGCUGCUGACCGGGAGGGAUUCGGGCUGCGAGCCACGGCCACCGCCCGCGUCAGGGUGCAGGCUGACGGCACGUCUGAGGUGGGAAAGGGCACCCUGACCACCCACGUGCUGAACACGGCCACGGGGCUGCCGGCAGCCGGCCUCGGCGUCCGCCUGGCCCAGCUGCAGGAGCCAGGGCUGCAGUGGAUGGAGCUGGCACACAGGCACACGGAUGCAGAUGGGCGCUGCCAGCCCUUCCUGGCACAGGGACAGGCCAAGGCUGGCACCUACAAGCUGCACUUUGAGACAGCUGAGUACUGGCAGGGACUGGGGCACACCAGCUUCUACCCCUUCGUGGAGGUCGUUUUCAUCAUCACUGACCCGGCACAGAAGCUCCACGUCCCGCUGCUGAUCAGCCCCUACUCCUACACAACCUACAGGGGCAGCUAGAGGGGCACAGCCUUCCCCUGGGGACGCAGGAAUGAUGCCACAAGGCCAUUAAAAACUCCAAACAGCA